GCAUGUAAGAACCAGAUAGACAAUAGAGAAACGUACAGAUGACACAACACUUGACUUCUGAGACUGAUUGGAUCUCCUUCUCCACUGCAACUGUGUGAAUAUAGAAACAGUACAUGCAAGUCGCACGAAAAAAGUUGUUGUUAGUUGGAGGAGAUUAUUAUACCUUAGACUGUUUCGUCUCGAUCUCCUAUGUAGUCCUUUUUGAACGAAUCAUUUAAAACGUCAAAUUAUACCUGAAAGCCACCACAUAAGAGUAAGACGAGACAAAUGUUGCAACGUCUUGCCUCCGGGCGAAGCGCGCUGCUGCGCGAAGCCAAGCACACACUUACAACUCAACAGAGCGCGCUCCUGUCACGUUCUUGUCUUGGCGUUGCAGUAGGGCAGAAGAUAGGUGCAGGAGCUGCGCUGGAUCGAUUUUUCUCGUCACAGACUGCAGGCGCGACGGCGACGCUAGGCGAAAAAAGACGGCUCCUUGGUUCGGGAUCUUCAGCAGGGCUAGUGGGCAAUCGCACAUUCGCUUCUUCUAGUAAGAGCGUACUUGGUGAGAAACAUGCAUCCACGAGCUCAGGACCAACAGCGCCCUCCGGUGCUUCUUCUGUCCUUGCAGAAGAUCUUAAUAACCAUGCACUUCUCGCUUCCGCCGCAUCGCCAGAGGCUUCAUUAGCAGCUAGUACAAACUCUACUUCUACUUCAGAGAGUACCUCUACAGCUACGUCAUCUUUGCGACAAGCAGGAGCCACGUUGACGAACACAGUUGCGAAGAAAGGGUUGAUCUUUGAGUUUUCCAUGAUGUGGGUCGUUACAGCAUGGAAAGAAAUAUUAGUCGGUGUAAUCCGAAACACGGCCUACACUUUUCGUCCAGUGGCAUUGUUCUUCGUGGUACUUUCAUAGAGUUAGUACAGUUUUUGCGAGAUGAUUUGACUUUGAAAUUAUUGAAGAUAUCGAGUGCACCAUCUGGGACAAUUAGGACAACUCUCUAUACCCCAUAAUAAUACUGUACUGGUGCUCCCACAACUGCUCCAUUCUUUACAAUAAUCUACUUGACUACCUCCCACAAUCAAACCACCAGAUGGGCUACGUCGUCAAGUUUCUCUUUUUCCUUAUGGGCGCUCCGAUGCUGGUGUCCUUCUAUUCCGUCUGGCUCUUCGAAGUUGGCUACAACCUAGCGCAGUGCUUCCUGUUAAGGGCUUCCACAUUGCGUCCUUCAUUACCUUUCUUGACCUUUUUUUUUUCUAACGAGAAUGAAGGGGUAACUACUAAGCAAGUAAGGACCAGGGAUCAUGUUCUGAAGAAUGCAAUCGGGGAGCCUCUAACCUUGAGUGUCAUUUUCUUGACGCAGCUGACCUACAUGGACUUGUCCUUCCGAGGAACGAUGCGGCCAUUGAUGCGACUGCAGGCUAAGCGGGUGAAGGAUGUGGCCAAGAAGGCGGCGAAGAUGCUGAGAUUUUAGACUGUGACAUAGAAUUUUGUCAAUACCCAGAUCCCGAAUGCAAACGUAAGAACCAAGUAACUAGAUGAUUCGCAGGAAACUCUUACCAUGGUGCGGGGCCAGGUGGAUUCUUACAAAGCUACAGAUUGUGCGAGUGACUGAUUUUUGCCACGAUCACAACAUUUAGCCAAACACUUCACUCUUCAGCAAACAGAAACUUCUUGAGUGCUUUCCUUGGAGGCUCGAUGAAAAAAAGAGAAAGCUGGCGCAGCGACUGAGCAGCAGCGCGGAGGAAAGGCAGUGAGUUUUCAACAUCACUUGAGUAGAUAAUGUGAGAGAGGACGGACCAUAUUAGCACACACAAUCUAGUCAGGAGGACUUUCAAAACCACUCUCUGAUUGUCUUAUCC